AUGUUGUCUUGUCUUGGACGUCACAGGCGAGUCCUUUCUCGGCUACUAACCAUCACAUUCAUGCCGCUCUUCUAUACCCUACUAUUGACUUGUUUGAUGGGCAUUACUCAGGCACAGUCUAUUAAUUCCACCUCACUUCAAUCAAAGGAGUCUUGGUCUGAAUCUCCAGCAACGUCUACACCUAUUUCUUCAAGUACGGCAACUGCCACUUUGGCCAUAUUGCCAGCAAGUACAUCGUCGUUAGAUCAUGAACUAUCUUUGGAUGCGCAUCAAGCAAACAAGACCACGUUUUCGGGAUGCCUCAACAAUUGUUCAGGAGUAGGAAAAUGCUUAAAAAAUGGAGCUUGUCAGUGUCCACCACCCAGAAUACCAUCAUGGUGGAAAACAUACGGACUAGACUGCAGUAACUAUCGUCUUUCAUUUAGCUAUGCAUGGCCCUACUUUCGAUACUCAUGGCUGCUAGUGUACACGCUAUGUUUGCUGCUACUAAGUUUUUUCAACUACCAAACGUUUAGAGCAAAUGGCUGGUACUUGGGAGGUGUACGGCACAUCUGCCAAUGCCUGAUUCACACGGCCAUAUUCAAUCCCUAUUCAGUCAGCAGCACCAUUAGUCCAAUUGUAUCCCGCAUGCUGCUGUCAUCAUUUUAUCUUUUUUUCAUCCUUGCCUACGUUAUUAUGGCACUACAUUGGGUUGACAUCUGCCGGACAGCUCUCGCCUUGACUCCAUCAAAAACGCUACGCUUUGCACAUAUUGGCGCAACUAUCCUUGUUUUGUCAUUUGUUUCUCUUCAAGUUUUCAUUACCAUAUCCCAGCUCAACCACGUUAAUAGUCGACAGAUCCUGUUUGCCGACACGCUUAGCAUGACGUUAAUCAUGGUUCUUUUUGUACCUUUAUAUCUCUACUACGGAUACCUCUUUACCAGUCGACUGAAAUUGGUGCGGAAAGACAAGGAGGGAAAACGUGAUCGCCUUAUCAAAAAAGUUCGUGUCAUAUCUCUAGGCCCAGCAACAGCAGGACUAACGUCUGCCCUUAUCAUGAUAGUCAAAAUAAUCUGCUUUCGACACAAUCCCUAUUUGUUUCUUAUAGGCGAGUCAGCAAGCCAUUUUUUUGAAAUGAUUUCUGUUGCUCUGUUUUUGUACGGUAUUUUGCUAGAUACAACUGUCAAGCCUGGCUCGCUUCUUACACGACGAACUACAUAUGGCCGGUCCAUUAGAACAACCCGUACUUGA